AUGGCUUCAAACAAUUCCCCACUGGCCUCAUGGGAGACUUACGCCCCUUCUUGGGAUAAAGGAAUGGGUGAUGAAGGAAAUGAAUAUUUCCGCUUUCUGGAACUCCCCAUCCUGGAGAAGCUGAUUGGUAAACUAGAAGGAUGCCAUGCUAUAGACCUUGCAACAGGAAAUGGUCUUGUGGCUCGCUGGUUAGCCCAGAAAGGCGCUUCUGUCAUCGCAACCGAUGGUGCAGUCACGAUGAUAGACCGUGCAAAGGCGCGAACGCACAUCUUUCUUGGUGAACACAAGAUAUCUUUCCAGUGUCUCGACGUCACAGACCAAUCGUCUUGGGAUGAAUUUAUGGUGAUUGAUAAUCAACUCAUGAAUGGCGGUUUUGAGGUUAUCACUAUGAAUAUGGCUCUCAUGGACAUUCAGGAUCUGGAGCCAUUGGCAAGAUCUUUGAAGAAAUUGCUCAAGCCCAACGGUUGCUUCGUCGCUACUCUGCUUCAUCCGCUAUUCUUCACAUCUGGGGCAGCUCGGCAGGUAGUAGUCCGGGAGGACCCGGGGACUGGUCAGCGAAUCGUCGACCGCUCUAUUGUUGUAACCAAAUACUUAAAUGUCCCCCCGGCGAGACAAUUGGUGUUGAAAGGGGAAACUGAGUCGCCGUACCUGUUCCACCGACCUUUGAGCCAGCUGUUUGCACCGUUUUUCAAAGCAGGUCUCGCCGUAGAUGCACUUGAGGAGACCAAUUUCGACGAAAGGCUUAGUGAUCCUGUGCGUGAACAUUCGUCGAAAAACUUUACCGAAUUUCCGAAGAUACUUGGCUUCAGGAUGAGGCCCAUGUCUGCGAACUAG